AUGGAACGCUCUUUGAGUAAAGGCUUUUCAAACCAGAGCCUUAUCACGGGGAGAUCUGCAUGUUGCGGCCGUGAAAUGAUAUACCAAUUAUACCAAUUAGGCUGCAAUCACGCUCCAUCGGUUGCUCAAAUUACGAUUCUAUUCGGAGAAGACAUGUUGACUUGCGGCCAGGCAGCUCCUGUGAGGCUUAAUUUCCGCUUGAUCUAUCUCCACACGACCACGACGCUGCUGAGGCACAAUGCAUUUCGGCCGACACCUUGCCUCGCACGCAUCCGACUUAAGCGGAACUAA